UAUUUUUGUUCAGAGAGGGGAAAAAAUGCAGUCGUAGAAAUGGAAAAGAUUGCUACACAAGUGGCGGCUCCCAUUUUCAUACACCAAUCUCUGCCUGUUUGAUUUUGUGAGUCAUCUGCAAUGGCAAAGAAGCGUGAUCUAUCAUACGCCGCCUCCUCCACCUUUCUUCAGCAACAGUUUCAAAACCCUAACGAUUACUGGAAUCCAAAGGGAUGGGACUGGGACGCUGUCAGAUUCGUUGCCCAACCGCUGGACGCUGACAGCCUCGGUGUGGGAGCUCCCGCAACCUCCAUGAAAGACCAACAGCUUACAACUGUUAGCAGUUUCCACAAACAUCCCGCUGUCGACGAUGAUGAACAUGAAGAAAGCCUUCGGUUGAAACUUGGUGGUCGCCCGCCCUUCAAUAUGGUGCAGGAGCCCAUGUCCCGCCCCAGCAAAAGGUUACGUUCUCGCUCACCUGGCGGACCUUCUUACCCUGUGUGUCAGGUAGAUAACUGUAAAGAAGAUCUCUCCAAUGCCAAAGACUAUCACCGCCGACACAAAGUUUGUCAGCCUCAUAGCAAAGCCUCUAAAGCCCUCGUCGCUAACCAAUUACAACGUUUCUGCCAACAAUGUAGCAGAUUCCACCCUCUGUCAGAGUUCGAUGAGGGGAAGAGAAGUUGUAGGCGUAGACUUGCUGGGCAUAACCGUCGAAGAAGAAAAACUCAACCAGAAGAUGUCACCUCCCAGCUCCUCGCUGGAAACCAGGAUAAUGCUACAUCUAGCAAUUUGGAUAUAGUCAACUUGUUGACUAAAAUUGCUGGUGCGAAAGGGAAAUUUGGGGAAAGAAGUAAAACCUGUUCACAACUUCCUCAGAAAGACAGGCUUGUUCAUAUUCUUGAUAGGAUAAAUUCAUUACCUUUGCAAGCUGACCUUGCUGCAAAUUUGGCCAAUGCUGGAAAUUUAUGUAUGACCGGUCUUGGGCAAACAUCUUCUAAUCACCAUGAUAAAUUGAACCAGAACAAAUCUUCUCCAUCAACUAUGGACUUGCUUACUGUUCUUUCAGCAACUCUAUCAGCAUCUGCUCCUGAUGCCAUUGCUAUACUCUCUCAAAAAUGUGGGCCCAGUAGUGACAGUGAGAAAUCUAGGACAAGUGUUGCUGACAAAACAACUGAGCAUAGUCUACAAACAAGGCAACCAUUAGAAUUUGCUUCAAUUGGAGCAGAAAAAAGUAGUGGCAGUUACCAGUCGCCUGUUGAGGAUUCAAUUGGCCAGGUUCAAGAGACUCCAAUAAAUUUACCGCUGCAGCUUUUUAGCUCCUCUCCAGAAGAUGAAAGCCCACCAAAGAUGCCUUCUUCUCGAAAGUAUAUCUCAUCAGACAGUAGUAAUCCUGUUGAGGAGAUGUCACCUUCAUCUUCUCCCUCUUUGGUACAGAAGCAGUUUGCUCUGCAGGGUGUAACUGAAGGGAUCAAGUCAGACAAAAUUUUAAUUGGAAGAGUGACCAAUGCACAUAAAGAAGCCAGCCUAAGCAUUGAGUGUAACAUUUCUCUUGAUCUUUUUAGAGGGUCAAAUAACAGAGUUCAACCUAGUUCUGCGCAAAGUGUUCCUGUUCAAGCUGGGUAUACAUCUUCGGGAUCUGAUCAUUCACCUGCUAGUUUGAAUUCAGAUGCUCUGUACAGCUUAGGCCUUAGCCAACUAAUCUUUUGGGAAUGGAUUUCUCUGAUAUUCCAACAGGAUCGUACUGGUCGAAUAAUGUUCAAACUAUUUGAUAAGGAUCCUAGUCAUUUCCCAGGAACACUACGAACUCAGAUUUACAAUUGGCUUUCUCAUAGCCCAUCAGAGAUGGAGAGCUACAUAAGACCUGGCUGUGUGAUCUUAUCAGUCUAUGUUUCCAUGUCUUCUGCUGCCUGGGAGCAUCUUGAAGAAAAUUUUGUUCAAUAUGUUCAUUCUUUAAUUCAAACUUCUGAUGCUAAAUUUUGGAGAAAUGGGAGGUUUCUAGUUCAUACUGGCAGUCAGGUGGCAUUAUAUAAAGAUGGAAAGAUACGCUUAUGCCAAAGAUGGAGAACAUGGAGGUCUCCAGAGUUGAUAUCUGUCUCCCCUUUGGCAAUUGUUGGGGGCCAAGAAACAUCAAUUUCAUUAAAGGGUAGAAAUCUGUCGACUCCUGGAACCAAGAUUCAUUGCACAAGUACCAGUUAUCACACAUCAGAGGAAGUUGUAGGGUCUGUUUUUUCUGGUAUGACAUAUGAUGAGAUAAAAUUGGGUGGAUUUAAAGUACACAAUGCAUGUCCUGGUGUUCUUGGUCGCUGUUUCAUUGAGGUUGAGAAUGGUUUCAAGGGUGACAGGUUUCCAGUGAUAAUAGCUGAUGCAACUAUUUGUAAGGAAUUGUGGUUACUUGAGUCUGAAUUUGUUAAGGAAGUGAAAUUAAGUGAUGCCAUUGCUGAAAGGCACACUUGUGAAUUUGCAAGGACUGAGUCAAGGGAGGAGGUUGUGCACUUUUUGAAUGAGCUUGGCUGGCUAUUCCAAAGGAAAAGAUUCUCAUAUGCACACGAGGUUCCAGUUUUUUCACUUGACAGGUUCAAAUUUUUACUCACAUUUUCUGUGGAAAGAAACUGUUUAAUAUUAGUUAAAACCCUUAUGGAUAUGCUGGUUGGGGAACACUUGGAAGGGGAAUGGCUGUCCAAGGGAUCAGUGGAGAUGCUGAAUGCAAUUCAGCUCUUGAACCGGGCUGUGAAAAGAAGGCAUAUAAAAAUGGUUGACUUGCUUCUUUGCUAUUUCAUACCUAGCAAAAAUGACACAUCCAGGAAAUAUAUAUUUCUGCCGAAUCUUGGGGGACCUGCUGGCAUUACACCUUUACAUUUGGCUGCUUGCACAUCAGGUUCUGAGGGUAUAGUUGACUCUUUGACGAAUGAUCCUCAAGAGAUUGGAUUGAAGUGCUGGGAGUCCCUUGCGGAUGCAAAUGGGCAGACUCCUUUUGCCUACGCCAUGAUGAGAAAUAAUCACUCUUAUAACGAGCUGAUUGCUCGUAAAGUUGCUGAUAGGGCAAAAUGCCAAGUUUCAGUAACAAUUGAAACCGAGAUAGAGCAACCAUUGUUCAGUGUUCAGCAUAAAACAAGCCCCAGCAACGAAGUGGGACAAGGUCAGAGAUCUUGUGCUAAGUGUGAGGUUGCAGCAAUGCACUACAACGGGAGAGUUCUGGGUUCACACUUCCAGGGACUGCUUCACCGUCCCUACAUUCAUUCAGUUCUUGCCAUUGCUGCCGUCUGCGUUUGUGUUUGUCUAUUCUUCCGUGGAGCCCCUGAAAUAGGUUCAGUUGCUCCCUUCAAAUGGGAAAAUUUGGAUUAUGGCACCAUCUAAUGCUAUUGGUAAAUUAAGAUGAAGAGGAUGAAAGUAAGGCAUAAAGUAGGGAAAGGUCCCACGUUGAUACUUUCUUUCCCCCAUGGUUCUUUCCCACAUGGCUAUCUGCUUUUCAAGGGAAGGAGGAGAUGGUGUUGAGAGUCCGUUCAUAUCUGAAGCUGUCGUGUGCUAUGCUUGGAUGAUCCGCAAGGAUCGGGGAACUUAAGCUGGUCUGUGGACAGUGUCUUGAAUGCUGCUUGUUUUCCUUUUAUGCCAGAGUUUCAGGACCAUAUAGGCCUAAAUAUUUAUGCGUUGUUGGAUUUACCAUAUUUUUUAAAUAAAAACUCAGCAGUUUAGACCGUGUAACACUUGACUAUGAUAAUUUAUGUCGGGGAGGGGAAAUUGACGCUGGCACUGGCAAUCAUGAGAGUCACUAGCAUUCAGGAUGAAAUUACACAAGAUUUGAUGGCAACCGAAGGGAGGAAAUGAUUAUCAAGUGGCGCCUGCCUCUCAGCAGCUGACCAGGGGGGAAAAUACCUAGUGCUUUAUUUUUCCAUAUGAUUUAUAUGUUACAGUUGAAAUUACUAGUCCAAGGGGAGCUUACAUUUCAUUAUUGUAUAGUUGAUCUGAUUUCCGGCUCCAGAAAAGGAAGAACGAAAGAAAGAAAAAGUUGCUGAGGUUGCUGAUCGUAUAGCCUAACCAAAUGAUAGAUACUCAAUUUUAUGUAUAGUUUAAUUUGUGUUUACGUUUUAUUUUAGCCAUCUUCUAUAUUUA